UUGAGUUAUUUUUGUAAAGAAGUUACGAUAUUUUUCAAAUCAACAAAAUGUCAGGGGGCAUGCUUUAUGGAGGAGAUGAAAUUGGAGCUUUGGUAUUUGACUUGGGUCAUCAUUCUUUAAGAGUCGGUUAUGCUCAGGAAGACACUCCAAAAGCUGAAAUUCCAGCAGUAGUAGGUGUAGGCGAAGAUGGAAAUUGUGUAGCAACAAAAACAGAACCUAUGGAUAUUGAUGAUAAAAAGCCAGAUAAUAAUAUUACACAGUCUGGGGCCAAAUAUUAUAUUGACACUACUAUACUCCAUGUUCCACGAAAGAACACAGAAGUUGUAAGUUACAUGAAAGAUGGCAUGAUAGAAGAUUGGGAUCAUUUUGAAAAGGUUUUAGAUUAUACAUACUCGAAAGUAAUCCAAUCGGACGCCGAGUAUCACCCAGUAUUGUUUUCUGAGUCACCGUGGAAUGUUCGCAGUAAAAGGGAAAGAUUAACAGAAUUAAUGUUUGAGAAAUAUAACGUACCAGCUUAUUUCUUGGUGAAAAACGCAGUUCUCGCAGCUUUCGCGAAUGGUAGAUCAACCAGUAUUGUUGUUGAUAGCGGGGCAACUCAUACUUCCGCUGUACCUGUUCAAGAUGGUUUUGUGCUGACACAGGCCAUAGUUAAAUCUCCACUCGGAGGAGAUUACAUAAGCAUGCAAUGUAGACAAUAUCUUCAGGACAAUGACAUUGAUUUGUCUCCUUCUUAUAUGGUGGGUUGUAAAGAAGUCGUUAAAGAUCACGACAAGCCACGAUGGGUGAAAAAGAAAGGUCUACCCGAAGUCACUAAAUCCUGGCACAAUUACAUGGUGAAGAAACUUAUUCAGGAUUUCCAAGCGACAGUGUUGCAAAUAUCGGAAUCUCCGUUCGAUGAGAAAAUAGUUUCAACAAUUCCUGCAGUUCAAUAUGAAUUUCCAACUGGAUACCACCAGGAUUUCGGAAGUGAAAGAUUUCGUAUACCAGAAGCACUGUUCGAUCCAAGCAUGGUACAAAUGCGUGGUGGUAUGGUUGGCAAUACUAUGCUGGGAGUCGGCCACAUUGUAACGACUAGCGUAGGCAUGUGUGAUGUCGAUGUCAGGCCUGCUCUUUAUGGAAGUGUAGUUGUUACUGGUGGAAAUUCAUUCAUUCAGGGCUUCCCAGAACGUUUAAACAGAGAUUUGUCCAUGAGAAUACCAUCUAGCAUGCGACUGAAAUUGAUCAGCGUAAACGGAUGCGCUGAACGACGAUUCGGAGCUUGGAUCGGUGGAUCUAUUUUAGCGUCGAUCGGCACUUUCCAACAAAUGUGGAUUUCCAGCCAGGAAUACGAAGAGAGUGGAAAGAGCCAAGUAGAACGAAAAUGCCCCUAAAUUAAUAAGUUAUUUUCAUUAUCUUCGUCAUAUAAUGUCAUCGAUAUUUGUACAAACAUUUCCUUGAUGAUUUCCUUUUUUAAGCAAAUAGGUAUGAAAUGAUCACGUUUAAACAGAUGAAAACGAUACGUACACAGAGAAAUUUCGCCUGUUUUAAGAUUCGUCUAUAGGCAGUGUGUCCUGAAUCUUGACCUAAGAUAAGUAUAUUUUACUUAUAAGUGAUAUUGAACAAUGACUUGUAAAAUAUGCAGUCAAAAGUGGAAGUUUUAUUUAUUACCGAUGCACCACGUAAACGCAAUAAAAUUUUAUAAGAAAUGGUGUAUACAAAGUGUUGUAUUGAAAUUUUUUAUAAAAACUCACAGUGAAAGAUACACGUCGUUAACA